AUGGUGUCGAGCAGAUGGUCCGAUAUCACAUCGUCUAGUACCCUGUCCCAUAAGUCUAUCAAGACAGAGGUCAGCGCCGUCGCUGGUGUUGUGGUGAAGGAGAGGAACGAUGAGAGCCUAACGAUCGGUGUCGUACGGAAGCAGAGCUUGGAUGAGCUGGAGAAGGUAUGCGCAGAAGGUCCGAAGCUACUUGGACUCAUCCGACGAAAACCCCCUCCAAUGCUCUUCACCACUGCCCAAGGGCUUCAAGACACCAUCGCAGCGAUCAAGACCAGAUCCAAGCACCACAUUCUCAAUCUGCUAGUCAGCCCUGACGUGGAUGAGAUCUGGUUCCAUGUCCCAUCGCACUUCGACCAGCUGAAAGUCCUCCGAUGCGCGGCAGAAGGUACUAAGGGGAAGCUCUAUGUCGAUGGAUCGUCCACUUAUAACAACGUCCGUUUGGAUAAGUGGCAAGCACACCGACAUAAACAUCACACUCUACUCCUAGGUCACAAACGAGGGGUCCGGAUUAGGCUCGCCGACAUUGCCAACAUUCCAAACUGGGCACGAUGUCGAAACCAGUUCACCCAGUCGGAACAGGCCGAGCUACGUCAGCACUUCGACACGCUGUCCGGUAAAACUCGCUGGAAUGAUGUAAGGGGAGUGGUCUCAGCGAUCGUAGGUCUCGCCGUCGGGACUGUGAUACUCAAGAUCGCUGCGAAUGCAGCAGUGGGCGGUGUCUAUGUCAAGUACGCCUUUGGUUUCCAUGCUCUGGAGCUCGGUGCGGCUGGUGCCAAAGCUGCCACUGUCUUCACCGCAGCAGGGCCGGGCGUUGUAAUGGGAGUAACUGCCGCGGCAGCUGUCUAUUUCAUACCAUGGGAGAGUCUUAUGGACUGGCUGAAAGGAGCACUGUCCUUUCUUUGGGACAAGGUUUGUGCUGUCUGGGAGCGAUUUAAAGAUUGGGUCAUGCAUUUGUUUGGGGGCCACACCGGGCCCAGACCGAUGGAGUUUGCUGUGUAG